UUCGACUGUUAACUGACGUCACAUAUGUGAUACGCCAGGCUUCCUGGCAUAAUAAAUGUAUUUUAUCGACUUUUGACUGAAAGAUGUCAGAUUUUUUCAAAUCAGCACUUGGAUUUAUUGGGGGAAGUUCAGCUACAAGAGAUGAAAAUGACUUUGUAGGUCAAUAUGUUGAACUUGGUAACCAAAAGCUAAGGGUGAAGAGGAAAAUUGCUGAAGGUGGAUUUGCCUUUGUGUUUGUUGCACAGGACACUGCAACUGGAAAAGAAUAUGCAUUAAAGAGACUUCUUGCAAAUGAUGAGGAGAAAAAUAAGGCUGUAGUACAAGAAAUCAAGUUUCUUAAGAAGUUGACAGGUCAUCCAAACAUUGUACAGUUUACUGCUGCUGCAUCGGUAGGCAAAGAGGAAUCUGGACAUGGACAGGCCGAGUUUUUGUUACUCAUGGAGUUAUGUACAGGGGGACAAGUGGUAGAUUUGUUAAACAUGAGAGAGGAACCACUCCCUUGUUCCCUAGCACUAAAGAUUUUCUACCAGACAUGUAAAGCAGUGCAACAUCUCCACAAACAGUCCCCACCCAUUGUUCACAGAGAUUUAAAGGUGGAGAAUCUGUUGAUCAGUAGUAAAGGGUUUAUCAAGCUGUGUGAUUUUGGGAGUGCAACAACAGAGACUCAUUAUCCUGAUGAAACUUGGUCAGCAAUGAGAAGGAGUCUUGUUGAAGAUGAGAUAACCAAAAAUACAACACCAAUGUACAGAACUCCAGAAAUGUUAGAUUUAUAUCAGAAUUUCCCCAUCAACGAAGCUCUUGAUAUAUGGGCUCUAGGUUGUGUGUUAUAUAUGUUAUGUUUUGGUGUUCAUCCAUACGAAGAUUCUGCCAAAUUGAGAAUUAUAAAUGCUAACUACUCUAUACCAGAGAAUGAUACAGAAUAUACAGUCUUCCAUGAUCUCAUAAUGGGUAUGUUCAAGAUUAACCCUGUAGAGCGUCCAACUAUAAAUGAUGUGAUAGAUAGACUGGAGGAGAUAGGUGAGGCAAAGCAUGUCCGUCUCACUGAUCCCUUACCUCAGUCACUACUUAAUGAGUCUCUGCCUCAGCAACCUGUAUACCCAGCAAGCCCAGCCAGGGACCUGGCCAGUGCUGGUCAAGCAGGUUCGGACACCUCUAGUGGUUCUCUCUUCAGUUCACUGAAAAUGGGAGCUGGCAGUCUGAUGAAAAACGUAAAAGAUGCCUCAGCAAAGGUUGUGGAAACUGUCUCAGCAACAAUGAACAAGUCAGAGCUAGAUAUCAGUUACAUCACUUCUAGAAUAGCAGUGAUGUCGUUCCCAGCGGAAGGUGUAGAAUCAGCCAUAAAGAAUCAUAUAGAUGAUGUAAGAAAUUACCUGGAAGGUCGUCAUAGAAACUCUUACGCUGUAUACAAUCUCUCUCAGAGACAGUAUAGGAAUGCCAAGUUUGAAAAUCGGGUGUCAGAAUGCGGUUGGCCGCCCAGAAAAGCACCCACUUUAGCCAAUUUGUUUGCUGUCUGUAAAAACAUGCAUCUAUGGUUGCGGCAAAAUCCAAAGAACAUCUGUGUUAUACAUUGUUUGGAUGGUAAAGCUUCCUCAGCAACUGUAGCAGCAGCAUUUCUAGUCUUCUGUCGACUGUUUGAUGGUCCUCAACAAGCACUAACUAUGUUCAGCACCAAGAGGUGUUCACCUGAUGUUACUCCUUCACAAAGAAGGUACAUAGAGUAUCUCAGUGAGAUGGUAUCAGAUGAUCCGUACAAACCACACACCAAGUCUCUCAUUCUCAACAGUAUUACUUUAGCCCCUGUACCUCUUUUCAACAAAAUGAAGAAUGGUUGCACACCAUUUGUGGAGGUUUUUGUAGGAGAGGACAGGAUUCUGACCACGUCUCAGGAGUACGAGAAAAUGAAAGGUUACUCCGAGGCUGAGGGCAAAGUCACAUUACCUCUCAAUAUAUCAGCAGCAGGAGAUAUCACUAUUAUUGUGUAUCAUGCCAGGUCAACAUUUGGAGGCAAAAUACAAGGAAAGAUUACCUCCAUGAAGAUGUUCCAGCUUCAAAUCAACUCGGGUUUUGUAAAACCUAACCGAACAAAUAUGAAAUUUACACAAUAUGAUUUAGACCAACUUGACACCCCAGACAAGUACCCUGAAAGAUUUGCUGUUAUGCUCAACACCACUGUAUCACCCAAAGACCGCCCACCAGAACAGAACUUCCCCUGGGCCAAAUUUGAUGUACAGAAACUUUCACCAAGGAUUCUCUUCUCAAAUAAGGAAGAACUACACGAGACCAUGUCACUUUUUGGUAUAUCAGAGAAAGGUAAAGCUAGAUUGGCCCGAUCAUCUAGUGUCAGUUCAAACGAGAGUCCAAGUCAUGUUCCAAAUGACAAAGCUAAACAACCAGUCAAUUCAGUCAGUGACAGUAGAAACACACGGAACCAGUCUCCAGUCACUGUCAGUCAGCCCCCUGCCAGUCAGCCAAAACAGGAAGUUCCCACUGCUAACUUUUUUGAAACAUUAGACUGGGCUUCAAACGGAGCAGUAAGUGAAGCUUCAAAUGGAGCAGUAAAUGAACCAGCCAAAGAGGUGAAAAUACCAACAGAAGAUGAAUUUAGUCUGUUGCAAAACACCAGUGAUGAUGAGGAUGACUUUGCAGCUUUGACUCAACAAAGAGUGGGUGGGGUAAAUGAAAGGAAAUCUCCGUAUCCCAGUGAUAAUGGCAAUGUGCAAUCUAGUGAACAAAAUAAAGAUUUUAAGCCCUUUGAAGCAAAUUUCCAAGACCAGUCUGGAUUUAAAACUGAAGAGGAUGUAGACUUCUUUGAUAUGAAUAAUGGAGAUAGUCUAGCAAAUGAUGUAAACCUUAUACAUAUAGAAAAGACUCCUUCAAAUGUAGAUAUACUCAGUGGGACAGCUAAUUCCAGCUCAGCUGACAUAGAUAUGAUGGAUGGAAGUACAAAAAGUGAUACGUUUGAUCCAUUCCAGGCAUUUUCCAGUAAUACAAAAUCACAAGAGCCACCACCUGUGACAGUAACUGCUCCCAAAAAUGAAUUUCAUUCAUUUGAUCCUUUUGGAGACUCAAGUGGGGUCAAAGAAUCACAGAAUGAUAUAUUAGGUAUGGAUAAAUCAAGUUCAUUUAGUUCAAAACCUGGAGCAACAGACAGUUCAGGAGAUCUAAUGGGAGAUUGGAACUCUUUCGUUUCUACAAAUUCUAGUCCAAAUAUAUCAAGAAAUAGCUCUUAUUCAAAUCUAGGGACCGGUGGCAAUAUACCUUAUAGUGGUAGUGGAACAUUUCAGCCAAUGGGAGGUAACAUUCCUAGAAACAACAGUGGUACAUUCCUAGGCGGCAUGCAGAUGGGAGGAAACAUUCCAAGAAGUGGUAGUGGAACAUUCCAGUCGAAGAGUGGAAUGGGUCAAGGUGCAAAUCCAGCUGGAUCUGGAACAAGUAGUGGAAAACCUGCUGAUCCUUUUGCAGAAUUUGGGUCAUUUGGAAAGCCAGCCAGUAUGUCACAGCAAAAACAGAGUCAACAGGCACCGCAACAGCAGCCCAGUAAACCUCCAAUGGGAUCUGGGUACAUGGGCGGAAUGCAACAACCUCGAACUCAGCAACAAGCUGGGGGUGGCAGGGCAAGCCCCAGCACAACUGCUCCUGGGAGCCAACAACAAAAGCGGCCAAACUACCACCAGGGCAGUGUGUUCCGUGACACAAAUGACAGCUCAAAGAAAGGUCCAAAAACUCAUGCAAGUAAAGCCACAUUUGAUGACUUGAUGCCAAAGGGAUCAACCUUUACCAAGAAAGAUGACGGACCUAAAACUAUUGGUGAUAUGAAAAAAAAAAUAAUGGCAGAAGAAAUGGACCCUAUUAAACUGAAGGUAUUGGAGUGGACGAAAGGUAAAGAGCGUAACAUACGAGCAUUACUGUGUUCUCUGCAUACUGUACUGUGGGAGGAGGAGACAAGAUGGAAACAAUGUGGUAUGCACGACCUUGUCACACCUGACCAAGUGAAGAAAGUCUACAGGAAAGCUGUGCUCUCUGUACAUCCAGAUAAGCUGGCAGAUUCUCCACACCUACCAUUGGCUAGAGCUAUAUUUAUAGAACUGAAUGAUGGCUGGGCACAGUUUGAGGAGGAAGGAAUGAAAUCACUCUACUGAGCAUCUGCACUAAAUCUUCACAAAAAAAUCUGAACAGAUUGAUUCACAAGCAGACACACUUGCUAAUCAGAUGAUUCACAAGCAGACACACUUGCUAAUCAGAUUGCCCAGAGACAUUCAUGGGAUGCUGGUUUCAAGAAGCAAAUCAGAUAAAGAUGAAAUCAAACAAUUAGUGUUAUAACCCACAUUUAUUUUUGAACCAGGUGUAAUAGUACCACAGAAAGUAUUCAACAUUUAAUACAUUAUAUUUUACACUUUCAUUAUUUAAAAUAAGUGCUUAGUACAGGAAAAAGUAUGUCUGCUUAAAGAACUUGACAACAAAUUGUUGCUAUAUAAUACUUGUAUUGGCAAGUUACUAUGGGGAGUUUUUUUGGGGUUCAGUAAGGAGUUUUUUAUGCCUUUGAUAUUACACUCCCAUCAAAAAUGUGAUGGUUACACUGUACUGACAAGAUUUAAGCAAAAAGUUAAUGAUGGGUACUGUGAUAGAUUAAGGUUUAGCUUUAAAUUGGUUCACAGAGAGAGAAUAUGGGUACAUGCUUUUUUUUUUUUUUUUUUUGAUUAAGUGAUAGAAGUCCCACCACUCUGAAGAACUAUCAGCACAUGUAUUGACAUAAUUGUUCCGACAUAAUUAUUAGGCUAGUAUUUCCUGUGGAGGUGUUCUGCUGUGCAAUAUUCCUUUUUCAAUGUAUUUAUUGUAUUCAUAGUUUCCAUUGGAGGGUAAAAGAAAUGCUUGUUGUCUGUCUUAAAUAUUUGCACCUGUGACAUAGCUUGGGCUAGUUUGUAGCUACAAAGAACUCAUUGUCCCUACUUUUUUCCGUCAUCUGCUUCUUUUGCAUGGGGUUGAUGGGUAUUUGUCAUUGAGUCAGUUAAACUAGAAAUUCAUUAACACAUGAAAAGCUAAAAUAGGAUUAAUGAUUAAAUGUUUUUGCAUAUUUGUGAAAUACGUAUGUAAUACAAUAAUGUUGGUGCAUAUAUUUAAUGCUUAUUAUAUAUUUACCUUUAAUUUGGGGACAUUUGACACAAAGCAUUUCAUCAAUGUUAUAUCACUUGGCAGUAUUUUGGUAAAAUCAAAGAAAUAGUUGAAAAAUAGCACAUAUUAGGAAUGUUAUACAUUUGUACAUGUAUAAAUUUUGUGUAUAACAUUUGUUAUGUUGGCUGUUCCCAUUAUGUUCCAGAGCAUUAGUAUGGGGACCACGUUAUGAGAAUGUUUGUAUGUGCACAGGUUACGGAACAUGUCAUAUUACAGGUUUUCAUUAAUCACUAGAAACGUCUAUGCAAAUGUUCGUUUUUAUGUAGUUGUUUUAAAAAGAGUAUUUAUUUGUAAAAAGUUCUUGAAUUCACAAACUGAGCCAUGCCAUGGGAAAACCAACAUAGUGGGUAUGCGACCAGCAUGGAUCCAGACCAGCCUACGCAUCCGCGCAGUCUGGUCAGGAUCCAUGCUGCUCGCUAAUAGUUUCUCCAAUUCCAAUAGGCUUUAAAAGCGAACAGCAUUGAGCCUGACCAGACUGCGCGGAUGCGCAGGCUGGUCUGGAUCCAUGCUGGUCGCAUACCCACUAUGUUGGUUUUCUCAUGGCACGGCUCAACUGUUAAGGGUUAUAUGAACAUCAGUUUGUCAGACAUCUCAUUUAUUUCAGUUCUUAAAAUCACAGCAUUUUCUACAGUUAUAAAAUGCUGACAAAGUUUGGAAAACAACGAGUGUAUAUCAAAAUCCCCUUGAUCAAAGUCCCUCCACUGAAAAAUGACUUGGUGUUACAAAAUCCCCUUCACACAUUUGCAGGGGGUAUCAUAAUCCCCUCUGUGAUUAACAUUAUAGAUAUAUAGAUAUCAGUGCUCCAAAUUAUAUUAUGUUUGCUUAAGGCAUUGUAUUUACGUGCUUUAUGCAAUAGACUUUUAAGUUAUAUAUAAUUGUAUUUGAACUUGAUGAAAUAAGUAAAAAUCACAGAGGGGAUUAUGAUACACCCUGCAAAAGUAUGAAGGGGAUUUUGUAACACCCUGUCAUUUUUCAGUGUAGGGGAUUUUGAUCAAGGGGAUUUUGAUUGUCUCCCGAAAACAACAUAUAUAGUAGCAGUAAUCCAACGAAUUUUACAGGACUUAGCUGCUGGGUAUUGACUUUCAGUCAUUUUUGGCAUAGUGUAAUGAACUUACUUUUACACAGAUUGCUCUUGUGUGGAGAGUUUUAUUUUAGUUUUAUUUAUUUCAUAGUAGCAGGACUAAUUAUAUAUUGUCAGAAAGAACUGGUUUGCUCAAGUACUAUAGAGGAACGAUUCUUUGAAUCAAGCUAUUGUUUAAUCCAUGUAAUCUGUAAUAGGUUAUUUUAUGAAUUGCAGCUUUAUUUUGUACAGUGAAACACCGCUCGCUCGAGCAUCGAUUACUCGAGCACCCGGGCUUGCUCGAGCAAUUCAUGUGGUCCCGGCCGAUUUUCUACUAUUUUCUAUGUGAGAUUACCAUGGCUGGGUCGAGCAUCGAUAACUCAAUCGCUCGAGCAUGACACCUGGUCCCUGUGUAUUAAUUUACUCUUUGUUGCUUAUGGCAAACUCGAACAGAGGUGUCAAAAUUUUUCACACCUUCGGCGGUCAGAAUGUAUCGGUUAAUUUAAAAUUUUCGCACGCCAUGAGAAUUGCAUGGUCUAUUCCCCGACUUAGUUUGUCGGUUUUGAUCUGAUAAUGAGAUUAAUUAUUGAUGAAAGGUGGAAGAAAAAUUUUAUUGAUCAAAAUUGUUAUUAAUUAUACUUUUUUCUGCGGGAUCAAGAAGAUAAUUAUGAGAUCUUAAUAUUUUAACCAACAGUUGUUUGCAUGCAAAUAAAGGAAAUAAGAUAGCCUUUUCAUAAAAUUGAGAUGAUAAUUAUGAGAUCUUAAUUUGGAGAAGAAAAUUGCGAAUUCGAUUACAGUAUUUCAGAUAAUAAAAAAAAAAUGUCUUAGCUGUUUCUUCACAUGUGCCAAUUACGAUCUAUCAUAAAUAACGUUUGUAGUAAGUUUUUUUUUGAAAAUGUCAUGAGUGUGUUAUUAUUACGCAUCACCGUUUCCUCUGCAAAUGGUCUCGAUGACAAUUGGUAAAAUAAACUUCAAUUUUCUUCGUAUGUUGGUCAAUGUUUGGGUCGCUCGAAACCAUGGAUAACUCGAGCAUUUUGCUCAUCCCCUUGCGACCUCGAGCGAGCGGUGUUUUACUGUAUAGGCUUUACCACCUGCUAUAGUAAUAUCUUUUUGGAAAUUUUAAAGUUCUUUUAUUAAUAUCAGUUAGAUUGUAAAAAUGUUCGAAAAAAUACUUUUAUAGAUAUUUUUCAAAAUUUGUGAUUUUAAAUGUUGCUUUUAUGCAACAAAGAUAUAUCCAGAAAUUUGUGUAACAGUCCAUCCACAAAUAAAUUCGCAGUUGCUUUUUUUCUGUUUUGUUUCUAAUUUUUGGUGUCAGUACGACUGAAAUUUACAAUGGCAAAUACCUCAUCAAAAUUAUUUUGGAUGAGUUAAAAAAUUACCAAGAUAUUUUAAAAGUUCCUAUGACCACUCUCAGAGUUUUAGAUUGUUUUAUAUUAUCAAUGGCGUCGUCUUAUAUUUAACAAGAAAUCAGGGGAAAACCUUGUUAUAGAAAAAAUUGAUAAAACAGUUAAUUUGUAGGUUCAUUACACUCUGCAGUACUAAAUAAUUAUAUUACACCAAUUAAAAGUGCAGAUACUCAAGUAAUAAGUUGAUGAAAAAAUAUUGUAAUUUAGCUUAGAAAUUUGAUUGUACUUAAAGGAAAGAUUGGUAGAUACUAUUUAUAUUACACCAUUUCAUUGCCAAAAAGGAUUAUGUGAUUAUUCUAUCUGUAGAAAUGUUUUUGAUAAUGAUUACUGUUGGACAAGUAAAAUGUAAUUUUGAUAUAACAGUAUAGUUAAUAUAUUGUAUUGUGUACUCUGUAUAUAGAUUAUGUAUAAAUAUGUAACUGUGUAUAUCAUUUUAUUUGUGAGAUUAACAUUAAAUACUGUCAGCACAGGCAGAUGAUGUUUCAGCAAAAUUAUAAGCAGAUCAUUUCUUGUUUUGCAAGAUUGCCGUUUAAAUUUUCAGAGGUAUGUUUUACUGGGGGCAGGGCCAGGCAUUCAAGAUGAUAUAGAGUAUGAAACUGAUGGGGUUUUUUGUUUGCAGAGAUACUAGAUAUGAAUAACGUUACUGGUAACGUGUUUUGUGUUUAGAUUUGAAAAAAAAAUGUUGACAUAUAGCUGGGUAUACACUGAAACUGGAAUAUGCCCAGUUGAGGCUUUGAACUGCAAAACCUGUAACUUUACUUUUCCAUAUUUGUAUGUGCAGAUUGUUUUUGUUGAAACAUUAAAUAGCUGUAUGACAUUGGGAGUUUAAUCAAGUGUGGAUAUAUUAAAGUGUUGUGGUAGUUGUUUAGCUAUUAUGUUUACCACAAGUUAACUGUGAUAGGGAUUCUUUUAUUACUUUUAUGUGUAUAUUUAAGCUCUUAAUUUGUAAAAUAGACUUAAAAAUUGUUACAGCAUUUAAUGGUUUUUGUUGUCUGUAUAUGUUGUCCCAUUCCAUGUAUUAAUUUGACUUGUGUGUUAACUCAUCACUGAAUUAUCAAACUGAUUUUAUUUUCAUUUACGUGUCUAUAGUUAAAACAGUAUUUAGUGAACUUUUAGAACUGUUAAACAAUGUUUAGAUUGGCAGCAGCUUGCUUUUUAUAAACUGUGUUAAAAGUAAAUGCUAGUAUCACAGAUUGUGUAUUCAGUCUCUCAUGCAGACAAACAGGAAAAAAAUCACAAUAUUACACAGUUUCUUACACACUCUGGUGUCUAUGUCACAUAUUGUUCACUAUUGUGUAUUAUCCAUGCACCUUAUGACCUUGAGCAGUGAUUAAAUUUUAAUAAGCAGUUGCAAACUGGUGACAGGUCCAAUUUUGAAUUUAACCAGAAAUUCGCAAAAUCUUUGUACACCUCACAGUCCAUUCACUGACCAAUUAGAAUGGUACUUUAGUAAGUAAGUAGUAAGUAAGUAAGUAAGUAAAGACUUUAUUUUUUGUGGAUUACACAUUUGGCAUAUUUACCAAUUUACAAUAUGGUCCACUUUGUGAUAUGUCAUCAGGAUUGGAUAUCAAACUGCCAGGAACACAAAUCAUAUUAGAAAAUUCAAGGUUGCGGAUAUUUUUCUGUCAUUUGAAACUGCUGCAAUAGUGAAGAUACUUUGUUCCCUAUUAACCUAUUUUGCUUACAUGCAAAUUCAGUGAUAGAUUGAUUAGUUUUCAAAAACAUUUGAUAGAUAAAUUUUUAACCUGAUUAGUGAUAAAAUGAUUUCAGUAGUUUACAAGAUAAUUCUAAUGAAAAAAUUCUUCAGCUUUCAGUUAAACAAGGGAAAAACAGUUAAAGACGUCAGUCUGGCUGUGUUUGUGAACUAUUUACAUGUUUUUUUAUUGACAAAUGCAUUUUAUCCAAUGCGUAUAACUAUUCUUUUUUGACUGUGGAACGACAUUAUUAUGUUGAUCAUAAUGUGAAAGAUUAUGUAAUUAAUUGGAAAACUAGAAGUGAUAUUAUCAUUUGCAAACAUUUUUUUACAGUAAUGGAGUUUCAGUUUAUAGCUUGGGAUUGGUUAUUAUGAUUUUAUUUUGCAGCAGAUUUUCUGUUAAGUAACUUAUGAUAAUUAAACAGUGGCAAGGAUUUUUUUUCCGAUUACAAUAAUUAUUGAAAUAUGUAUGUAUGUACACCAAUGUUUUGUUGAUGUAAAAAUAAAUUGUGCUAGCAAUGA